AUGUUGGACGUGCUCAGCCCAUCCAUGUAUGAAUACAGAUGGGCUGAUGGAAUUACCAUAAAGAAGCCAAUUAAAGUCUCUGCUCCAAAAUAUGUGGAAUAUUUCAUGGAUUGGAUAGAACCUCAGCUUGAUGAUGAGUCCAUUUUUCCUCAAAAGCUGGGUGUACCAUUUUCACCCUACUUUCAAGAUGUUGUGAAAACCAUAUCCAAGCGGUUGUUUCGCGUGUAUGCACAUAUCUACCAUUCACAUUUUCAGAAGAUCGUCACUCUACACCUUUACAGCCGUUUCUGCUUCCUACGAGUUCCAAAGACUGGAGUUCUUGGAAUUUUGUUGGGGGGAGGGUUUGAGACCACUGGCUCUCUUUUAACUAUUGUGAAACUUCAGUCAUGUUAUGUAGAAGAGAACAAGUUGGAAAUUGUGAAAUUGCUGUUUUCUCCAAUUAAUAUAUAUCAGCUAAUAUCGGUGGAAACAGAGUAUGACGAAGUCUACCUGAAUGGAAAAUGUAUACUGCGUAAACUGUGA